AUGAUGGAGACACUCUCCAGUCGCACACCGGAUGCGCCUCGGCCCAACAGGCAGUGCACUCCGCCAUGCACGCCUGCGCGCCUUCCUAAGCGUCGACUCGAGCGCAGCGCGACACCCGYAUCCCGCGCAGGAUCCACUCAUCCCACCGAGACCAUCAGUCCUGCGAAGAAGAUCGCCAAACAUUCUUCCACCGACAACAUCAAGGUCGAAGAGUUGAAUGAAGGCGAUCUCGGAUACAUCAGCGACGUUGACAUAGUAUAUCCCGACGAGCUGGAGGAGAACAGUACCGACAGUGAUGCAGAAGACACCAUGACCGACGUCAGCGAUCCCGAGGCUGCCGGACUUACUCGGAGAUUGUCGCGUCUGCGUUGUGGUGAUGAUCGCGAGGUAGAUUUCGAGGAGUGGCGCCAGCAAGUGCAUCUCGACAAGCGGGUGCCGCGUACCUAUAAGCGCUCACAUAGUCAGAGCGUGAGAAAUGAGUCGGCUCUACCGGACCCCGAAGCCAUGGCUGACCACGAUGUUGGUAUCAGUCAGCGAAGACUGCGACGCCGAACGCGUGGUCCAGGUGAUCUACCAGCAGACCUACAUGGCACCCUUCCAGCUUCACCGACUUCUGGAUCUGGAUACGUGACCGCUGUAGAAGGCAACACACCUGCCGCAAUGUCGGAAAUUGAAGCCAUGGAUGUCGAUGGCACUGAGGAGUCGUAG